GGCUACGUCGUUUCCGGAAGUGCCAGAACAGAUGAACCCGUUGAGGCUCGGUCUGAACCUGAACCGGAUCGUUAAACGGCCCUAAAGAGGGAACGCGGACCGUUUCCGGGUCGGGGGAGCCCGUGAAGCUGCCUCCGUCAGAGUGCCUCCGCCGUCUUGACCCAAAAGUCUCGGACCGAGGGCGGUUCCGAAGCUGAGCUCAUGAUAGCUAUCAGGCUAACCGGGGCUAAGCUGGUCAGCUGAACAAGGAGGUAUGUCCGCGAGGCGGAUCCUUUGGUCAGCGCGAGGCGGACACCUGUGAAGGAUGCUCCACGGCCCGUACAGCACCGUGGACCGGGACCGGCCCCUGAUCCGGCUGCCUUUCACCAGCUUUGCUGUGGCGACGGUUCUGCUGCCGCUAACGGGCCUCCUCGCCUGCCUCUUCAUCUCUCUGCUGUACCACUAUGAGGACUCCACCUACACACACUGCCAGGUCUCCAACUACCUCCCAUCCAUCAGCUCUGCCAUCAGCCGCGUGCCGGAGCGCUACAUCUGGCGCAGCUGCAUCGGGCUGCACUCGGCGCCACGGUACCUUGUCUCUGUGGCGUACUUCAGCUUCUACCGCCGCCGCUUCGACAGGAAGCUGCCGGAGCUCGUGCUGAGCUGGCUGGCGCUCCUCUGCAGCCUCGCCGAGAACUCGGGCCUGUUGAUGCUCACCUACGUGUCGUCCACCGAGACUUACGAUUAUCACAAAAAAGGCUUCAUCGUCUUCGUGGCCAGCUCGCUGCUGCACAUGCUCAUCACCUGCCGGCUCUGGUUCGUCAUCAAGCGGCACUACGUGAACCCCGAGGAAGUGACAUCAUACCUCUGGAAGCUGCGUCUCUUCCUGUUCAACAUCAGCUGCUGCGGGGCAGCGGCGUACUGCUUCAGGCGCCACAACAAGUUCUGCGAGGAUGGAGUCUACACCGUGUUCGCCUUCUUCGAGUACCUGGUGGUCUUCUCCAACAUGGCCUUCCACAUGACCGCCUUCUGGGACUUUGGCAGCAAAGACGUCAUGGUGGCCACGCUACCGGAGGACAAACGCUACUGAGCGUGUGCGGCCGCUCCACCUCAGCAGCUCUGGAGGAGUCCAGCUGCUGUAGCGCCACCUUCAGUCUUCUCCUGGAACCCAGACAGAUGACCAAAAACAUCUGAGCAGAAUGGUUUCUCCUGCUUUUACUGAUGGAGUCGGGAAUUAAGCUGCUGGACUGAGUCUGAGAUCCUGCAUCACUCCAGAGGGAUGAUGGGAAACCACAUUUGAGGAUUUCUCCCAGAGAAAUCCCCAGUUUGAACAUUUUUAUUCUUAGAAUGAACAGUUGAUGCCGCAGCGUAUCUGUUCAGUUCGCUCUGAAAAACUCUUUUAGGAUCAAAUAUAAUUUAUUUUGUGUCAAAUCUUGAAUUAGAUGAACUAUUAAAUGUUUAUGAAA